AUGCAUACAACAUCGCGAGUCGGUUUACGCAUUAGAGGCCGUGACAACGACCGCCUAGACCCCCGUCUCGUCUCCACUCUCCUUCAGCACGUCGGCCGUCAGGGGGUGCUCAAGUUGGAGAGGCACAUUUCUUCUUUUCCCUUCCGCUUUCACCAACCUCGCCUGAUUGAUGCUCAGGUCAGAGUCGCCCACAGAGAGGGUAGACUGAGCGAGGGGUCAGAAAGAGGUGUACAGGUUGGCGGCCGAAUCAAGCGGCCCGAGACAGCCAGCUUGUCUUGCCUCGGCUUCUGCGUCAAGUGUGCAAUGUUUUUCCGCGACCCAGCAUCCGUUGCUGUCUGUAGUCUUUCUGACGCCGCCUGGUUCACCCACCCUCCGAACCAGCCAAUCUGGGGAGUAGGCCACCCAACUGACCCGACACGACAGGUGAGGUGGCACCUACGAGACGUACACACUGUUCGUCUGUUUGGCUACAACAGGAAAGACGCCGGCAUGUCCGAGAGCAGGACCGGGACAUUAAUUAGGGGCGUACAGUGGGGACUGGAGACCUGGACCCGUAUUGACCAGCAAAAGAGCAAUAACUGCAAAUUUAUUACGACUACCGCACAAUGA